AUGUCCACACUCGGACAGCUCAAAGCCUUGGCCAUAAAGGACCUCCAAGUGUCCAAGCGCAGUAAAAAGCGGCUGUGUUGCGAGCUAUUGGUCCCGUUAUUCGUGCUGCCGAUGAUUAUUAUGGCCGCAAAGUUAUCCGACAAGUAUGUUCAGGCAAUUGUCCCGGUUAGUCCGGAGACCUGCGUUUUGGAGGUGAAUACAACAACUGAGUUCAACAUUGAGUAAGUUUUCAUUGACUUCAAUGUAUACUAACAGGGGAUGUACCACAAAAAUAAGUUUGUUAUAGAAGGGUUUCGUUGUAUAAAGGUUCAUUUUAGCUUACUGGGAGUACCCCAAGUGCGACGCUCAGAUUUUGAUGAAACUUGGCGCAAAUUAAGAAGAAUUUUUAUAAAGAUAUAUGCGAGAAUCCUAGCUCGCGCUAUGCAGAAACAACUUAAAUUUUUAGAACCAAAAUUGGGAAAAAAAGACAUUUUUUUGCAAUUUUCGACACAAAAAUUGUCAUGCCUAUUUCUACCAUAGAGGGUAAUGUUUCCACAAAAAAUUAAUUUUUUCGCAUGAAACUUGCAAAGUUAUGGUCAAAAGCAUUUUUUUCUCUCUGACCGCCCUCCGCGUUUAGCGUACUCUCUCGGCGCCAAAGACCGUUCAAUAACUGGGUGGCGCUUGCAAAGCGCGAGCUAAAAUUUUCGGCACUUUCGGUACUUCCCUUGUAACCCAAUUUUUCUAGGAAUUUAAACCCCGCGGAUUACGCUGAGUUCUCGAAUGCUGCGAAAUCGCUCAACGUAAAACUUGUCGACUCCUCGCCGGAUCGCAUAUUUUUCAACAAAUUUGACAGAGCUUCCAAGAAGUUUGAGUAUUACAUCGGCAUUGGAGGUCACACUGCGGGUCGGGUCAAGUUUUUUUCAUGGGGUGGUCAAGUCUUUCCCCCUAAUGUUAUUUUUUCCCCGAAAUUCAGACUGUUAUGUCGGAGGUUAAUCAAGGUAAAUCUGGUCAGUUCUUGUUGAUUAUUUCAAGAACAAGUCUUAUUCUAUUUUUAGAAAUCAAAUUUGAUUGAAUUACGGUGUGGGUUUGCCUCAAUUUUUAGCAUUCUUUGGGGGUAGGUAUUCUAUACCUAGAUGAUCAAUUGUGAGACAGUUUCAAGUCGGAUUUACAAUUUCGUCUCCAUUUCACCUUCGGACGUACGCCCUCUGUCUCAUAAAAGUAAGUAUUUGUUAUUCUGGUUGUACAUUUUUUAGCUUUCAAAGAUUUUGUAUAUUCUAGGUUAUUCAGAAAAUUUUGUGUGGGAUUUGGCAGGGUUUUCCUCAAAAUGACGUCCAAAAUAUUAAUUUUACUGUCCUAACCGCGUUUUCCAUUUCCAGAAGUCUUCACAGAUGUGUUCCAGGUACCAUACAUUACGGGGACCAUGUAUAACAUCCGCCUGAAAAAAUGCUAGAUUGGUUUCAAACACAUUUGUUCUUUAUUUGAUAAGUCUUCACAAGUAUUUUCCUUCAUUUUUAUGAACAUUUCGCAUAGUUUGGGCGUUGAAUUUCAUCUCUACCUAAAAUCUGCAUCAAGUUUGGUCAUGAAGAAAAAGUCUAAAAGAGAAGGAGAAACCUGUCCAAUUAUGUUUUUAUAGGCACUAAAGAGCAAUAUUACGCCAAAAUAAUCUUAUCCAGGCUGAAAACUCGGAAAUGUCAACUAAAAUCUUCAAAAGUACCUAGUAUAAUAAACAAAAUCUCUAAUAACUAAAAAACGUACAACCAGAAUAACAAAUACUUACUUUUGUGAGACAGAGGGCGUACGUCCGAAGGUGAAAUGAAGACGAUAUUGUAAAUCCGACUUGAAACCGUCUCACAAUUGAUCAUCUAGGUAUAGAAUACCUACCCCCAAAGAAUGCUAAAAAUUGAGGCAAACCCACACCGUAAUUCAAUCAAAUUUGAUUUCUAAAAAUAGAAUAAGACUUGUUCUUGAAAUAAUCAACAAGAACUGACCAGAUUUACCUUGAUUAACCUCCGACAUAACAGUCUGAAUUUCGGGGAAAAAAUAACAUUAGGGGCAAAGACUUGACCACCCCAUGAAAAAAACUUGACCCGACCCGCAGUGGGUCAUGAUGAGAGCAAUAAAAUAAGCGAUGGCUGGAUCUCCGAUGAUCCCUAUCAAAGUCAAGGGCUCUCUGACUAUUUCAACUUGACUCUGAGCAAUCGUCAAGCCCAAGAGGAACACAUGAAGCUACAGUAUACGAUUGAUCAAGUGCUAUUGAAACUGGCAUCAGGAAACAACGGAAAUGAAAAGGCGAGUUCAACAACAGCUCUUGUAAUCAAUGAAUUUUUAGGUGACAGUAAAAUUCUUCCCGGAAAAUCCCUACGGAUUCUCAUUCCUCACAAUCAGCUUGCCCUUUCUUUUUGUGGCUUUUGUAUUUUCAUCGCUGAUCCCGAUGGCUAUGAUCAUCAAAGACGUGAUAUAUGAGGGAGAAACCGAAAUUAAGGUGGGUUGAAAAUUGAGAUCGGAUACAAAAAGGUCAGCGUUCAAAAAGAAAGGCCAAAAAGCGACACUGAGCUAGAGAUAUUGAGCUGUCUUUGCCGCCGGUAGAGUACGCAAAACACAAAGACUAAAACGCUUCUCCAGUGGCGAAAAACGUACCAUUUUGCAGAAGUAUCAAAAAAUGUAGCAAAAUACCUCCCACUUCAAGUGAAAAACUCCGAUUUCAAAAUUGCGCCCACUCUUUUUGUGAGGGAACGGGUUUUUUUUUAAUUGGAGAAGGAGGUAUUUUGCUGCAUUUUUGAUAUUUCCCGGAUGCGAAAUGAUACUUUUUUUGCCAUGAGAUCAGGUCUGUCACUGUAGGUCGCCUAUGUAUUUAUAAAUCUUUGUGUGUCCAGAAAAUGUGUCAGGAAGACACCAGGUUAAAAUGCGCCAGUAGUAUAUGUAAACAGUGGCUGUAUAUAAAGAUGGUCAUAUAAGAAUUCACAAAAUUUUUUUCCCAAAUCGCGAUUUUCGGUGCACAAAAAAGUGGACGCCCAAAUCGGUGCAGACUUAGCUUUUUGGGGGAACAGUUGACCCAUUUUGUAUUUCUGCUCGAGAAGAAUUUUUUUGGUUUUCGCCAAUCUUCAAGUGUAUUUUCUGAAUGAAGACAAGAUGGAAAUUGUCCAAAAAGGGGAUUUUUACCAAGAGCCGGCUGCCCCGUUCGAUUUGAUGUCUAGAUUUCCCGUUUUCUGCUCUGAUAAAGCACCAAAUUUUGGAAUGUUGUGAUGUUUGCUGUAUCAUGGAUAAUGUAAGCCGAUUUGCCUAUUUUUGCCAACCAUAGAUAGCCAUUGUUUAUGCUACUGGCCCAUUUUAAAGCAGCGUCGUCGUGACAAAUUUUCUGGACACAAAAUAAACCUUGUUCCAGACCUACCUUCUCGUAAUGGGAAUGUCGCGGCACAGUUUCUACGCCUCGCAUUUCCUGUUUGGUCUCGUAAAGAUGAGCAUCAUCAUGGCGAUUAUUACCAUCCCAUUUUUUUGGGCUUUCAAGGUAAGUCCAAUCUACUUGAAAAACCAAUGACCUUUUCAGUUAAAAGUCAACAUUUUACUCGUUAUCUUCGUAUUUCUCUACGUUUUGUUCUGCGUGGCGUUUGCUUUGUUAUGCGGGACGAUCUUACAACGAGUUGGGCUGGCAGUAACUCUAAAUGUUUUGGUUACACUAGGACUCACUGCUCUUGCGUUUCAAGCGGCAAAUCGUUUGAAUGUAGUGGAGAUGUGUUUGCAUUCGCUCAAUCCGCUGGCUGCUUUCCGCCUUGGCUUGACGGAUUUGGAGCUCAUGCAGAGAUACGGUAAGAUAUGCCGUCCUUGUAGCAGAGUAGAGGCUGUCCUAAAAUAACUUAACCAUCUCGCUUACUCAAGGUGACCGAGAAAACUUUAGUUUUUAUUUUCUAUGUUAUCAGAAAGUUUUGUCCGUCAAUUUUUAGAAAAUUUUCAUAACUUGUCUUAGGACAGAUAUACAAAAAACAUUUUUACGUGUCAUAUUCUGUUUGUCAUGGCUAGAAUACAUGCCAAGUUUUAAAGUGAUUGAGUUGUAUUUACUUGAGAUAUGGGUGGUCAAAAAUUUAUGUCCUGGGGUAUACAGUGGGGGACCUGAUCCAUUGGCAAAAAACGUCUCAUUUUGCAUCCCGGAAGGGACCAAAAUGUCUCCAAACCCUUCCCUUCUUUAAGCUAAAAAACUCUGCUUUGAAAAGCGCGCCCUUUCCUUCAAGGCGGGCUCUUCAAAACGGGGUUUUUUAGCUUAGAGAAGGGAAGGGUUUGGAGACAUUUUGGUCCCUUCCCGGAUGCAAAUGGGACGUUUUUUGCCAUUGGAUCCGGUCCCUCACUGUAGUACAUAGACAGAUUUACAUUUUUCUUUCAGAAACCUCACCUUCCCCACUUAGCCGGUUCACUUAUCAAUACAACUUGAUUCAUGCCUUUAUUUUUUUGCUCCUUGACACCUUCAUCAUUAUCUCGUUGACUUUUCUCUUGGAGUUGAUUGUGCCGACCGCUGGGAAUCCAGGGAUGGAUUUCAGCCAACUUCUUGGGAUCUUCCAACGAAAAGGCAAGGUUUCGGGUAUGAAAGAAGGUCAGUCAGAUGUGCGGUUGGAUAAAAAUGACUUUGAAUCAACAGAAGGGAGAAUGGACAAACCGGACGUCGAUGUAAGUGGAUUUUACUAUUCUGUUAAGUGGUAUAUAGGCAUAGAAAUAAUAAUUUGAAUGGCGAUUUGGCUGCUUUCUACCAAAAAAUCAAUUCUAGGUCCAAAAUCUGCGAAAACGCUGGGGUUACAGUGGAGACUAUGCUGUAAAUGGAGCCACUUUCCAAGCCUUUCCCGGCGAUAUCACUGCACUUCUUGGGCAUAAUGGUGCUGGUAAAUCAACAACGUUUUCUUGCUUGACUGGAUAUACAAAACCGACUUCGGGAAAAGUUAUGGUAAGCCGAUGAAAAUUGCCACUUCCUAAGGGCAAACUUUCUCUCAUAAAAACAAAAUCCGUCUCCUUCCAGGUGUGCGGUUAUGACGUCGAAUCCAGCCUCAGCGCCGCUCGAAAAUACAUUGGCUACUGCCCGCAAGGCAAUCCUUUGUACGAACGUCUCUCUUGCGUAGAACAUCUGCGGCUGGCCGCAAGGCUACGCAACGCUUACAUUGGCGAUGAUGAUUGUAUGUCGAUCUUGGAGAAGGUUGGCCUCGAAGAGUCUCCGAAUGUGCUGGCUAGUGAUCUGAGUGGCGGGAUGAAGCGGAAGCUGUGUGUUGGCAUGGCUUUGGUUGGGAAUAGUAGAGUGGUUUUAUUGGACGAGCCCACCGCUGGAAUGGACCCCACUGCCAGAAGACAAAUCGGAGAUAUCUUGGAGAAAUUUAAGCAGGACCGGUAAGGAUAUCUUUUACAUUCAUCCGCGGUCAUUCUGGACGUUAAAAGACGAUUUUUGGCUCACUGCGUCAGCCCGUAAUGGACCCGGGACAUAGGAAAAAAUCGAUUUUGAGUUUUUUGCAUAAAAAUGACCGUCGACAUGUGCUAAGGAAAAGCGAACAACAGUUUUUCCCAAUUCUGCCCGGAAGGCAUAAAUUUGCUUAAAUUUGUCUUUUUUGGAAUUUUCGACCUGGUGACGUCAUAGAAAGAGCAAAUCACCCAAAAUUUUGCUUGUGUACGUUUUCGACCUUUGGGAAUUCAUUUUUUUGAAAAUUAAGUCUCUCAGAUUACUGUAACAUAGGCAUAUUGUAAUCCGGUCGAUAAAAAUCGACCGUAACUCCUUCGUAUCAAAAAUCCCACAGGAUUUUAUUUCAGAUUCGGAAUCAGCAUAAAAUUCUGCAUAUUAUACACAUAAUGUGAGGUCAUAACUCCAGGGGGGAGAUCGCGUAGUAUAUUGGAUUUUGGCAAAAAGUACGUUUGAAAGGUCGCGGGUUCGAUCCCCGCUUGGUGCAAAUAUUGAAAACACGGCGGAAAUCGCGUUUAAUGGACACCUAAGGGUUAUAUGAGAUACACUAAGCAAUUUUAAACAUUAAUGCAUAUCUAAUUGCGAUUAAAACUGAUUUUAUAUAAUUUUUGGAGACUGAAUAUGCCAAAAAUGAAAUUGCUUCAAACCGCUUGAAAUUGGCAACACUUAUUCUAGGGUCAAUUGUAAGAAACUUUUGUGUUAACUUUUUUUGGCAAAUCACCGUACCAUGGAUUACUGCAACAUUAAACCUGAUUUGGUUUUUCGUGUACCACAUGGCGCAUAGAAGUCGGAUUGUCAUCAUUGUGGUCAGAAUGGUUAAGAAAGGGUUUUCUUGUGUACAAAAAAAUUUUUAUGGCUGUACCGUUUGGAAUGGCCGAGUUAUUUGACGCACUUUCACCAAUUGAUUAUGACAUCAAAACGCGUUGCAGUUAAGGUUGAAUUUUCUUUCAUAUAUAGAAAGUGGAUCUUUUCGCUGUCUAAAACGACUAAUUAAAACGAUUUAAUAUUUUAUGCAAGAAUUUUGCAGAAAAUUGCUGUUAAUCAGGACACGUUUAAUGCUACAGUAAUCCAUGGUACGGUGAUCUGCCAAAAAAAGUUAACACAAAAGUUUCUUACAAUUGACCCUAGAAUAAGUGUUGCAAAUUUCAAGCGGUUUGAAGCAAUUUCAUUUUUUGCAUAUUCAGUCUCCAAAAUUAUAUAAAAUCAGUUUUAAUCGCAAUUAGAUAAGCAUUAAUGUUUAAAAUUGCUUAGUGUAUCUCAUACAACCCUUAGGUGUCCAUUAAACGCGAUUUCCGCCGUGUUUUCAAUAUUUGCACCAAGCGGGGAUCGAACCCGCGACCUUUCAAACGUACUUUUUGCCAAAAUCCAAUAUACUACGCGAUCUCCCCCCUGGAGUUAUGACCUCACAUUAUGUGUAUAAUAUGCAGAAUUUUAUGCUGAUUCCGAAUCUGAAAUAAAAUCCUGUGGGAUUUUUGAUACGAAGGAGUUACGGUCGAUUUUUAUCGACCGGAUUACAAUAUGCCUAUGUUACAGUAAUCCGAGAGACUUAAUUUUUAAAAACAUGAAUUCCCAAAGGUCGAAAACGUACACAAGCAAAAUUUUGGGUGAUUUGCUCUUUCUAUGACGUCACCAGGUCGAAAAUUCCAAAAAAGACAAAUUUAAGCAAAUUUAUGCCUUCCGGGCAGAAUUGGGAAAGACUGUUGUUCGCUUUUCCUUAGCACAUGUCGACGGUCAUUUUUAUGCAAAAAACUCAAAAUCGAUUUUUUCCUAUGUCCACCGCUGACGCAGCGAGCCAAAAAUCGUCUUUUAAAAUCGAAGGGAAAUUUGAAUUUCGGACUUCCCGCCAAAAUUGGCAUUGUGAUGCAAGGGUCUGAAAGUUGGUUUUAUCGCGCCUAAAGGCUGUAAAUUUAAUCGUAUGGGUUGUUUUUCAAACAAUAAAAGACGUUUUGCAGCAAAAUUUUCAAAAUUAAAAUUUCCCGCAUUUUUUGGCAUUCUGUCUUAGGCCUCCGGAAUACUCAAAAAUGGGUAAAUUAAGUGUUUAAAAGUAAUUUAAAAUACGAGUUUUUGCUUCUAGAACCAUUAUCUUGACCACACAUUACAUGGACGAGGCGGAUCUUCUUUCCGACCGAAUAUUAAUCAUGGUCAAAGGAAAGGUAAUUUGCGCCGGAUCCUCGGCCUUCCUCAAAAACCGAUUUGGCACCGGAUUCCUGCUUACCGUAACUCUCCGACAAGGCGUUGACCCCGUAAAAAACUCCGCCGAGAUUUUGUAUUUGAUCCAAGAUUACGUGGAGGACGCGAAAUUCGAUGGCAGCCCUGCGGCGCAAUUCACUGUGAACCUGCCAUUCGAAGGCAAAAAACAGUUUGUAAGACUGUUUUCGGCGUUGGAAAGGAGCAAGGAUGCGCUGGGAAUAGACUCUUUCGGACUGUCCGUUAACACUUUGGAACAGGUCUUUAUUAAUGUGGGAGAACGAGCCGAGAACAAAGAUGGAAGAGAGGUGGCGGACAAGAUCGCGGAGAACGCAAGGAGAGUUGAACAGCAGGAUUGUAAGUUCAAAUUUAUAUAUAAGAUCGUCUGAAAAGUCUGUCCGGAAAAUCAUGACUUAUGUGUCCCGUUUAGUAAGUCGCAAUCCCAAUAUCGUCAAGCAAAUCAUCGCGUUGGUCUGGAGAAACAUCCUAUACCAAUUUCGGAGCCCUGUCCGCACAAUCGUCCCAUUUUUGGUAUGUCUGGCCUCAUUUGCCUACCUUUGGUUUGGAUUGAAAAACAAACGAGAAAGUCAUAUGGAGCUGAAAGGUAAGCGCUGAAUUUUUUUAAUUUCUUAUAUUACAAGGAAAGUACUUCUAUGGGGUGUGGAGUUACAGGUCGAGAUAUAUAUCAAAAAAUUCGCAAAAAUUUUCUGAUUCAGAAUAUAUAAAAAUUAGCUGCCUAAUUUUGGUCUAUUAACGAGUUUUAUGAAUAAAUGUAUUUCUCGAGGAAAAAAAAGUGCGGCAACAAAAGCGCGCUCGGUCUCUUCCUCCGGAAGAGAGCGGUGUGGCCGAGUGGUUAGAGCGCUAUAUUGGAAAUCCGAGGGGAACGGGUUCGAUUCUUUUUGCCACACAAGAACCCAUUUUUUACAUUGGAACUACUUUUAAGGUGUAGUUGUAAUCCAAUUUGAUAUUUUAAGGCUUGUCAAGGCCUCAGAAUUUAUUUUAACACAAAACAAAACUUUUUUAUUGAUAAAAACACGGUCAACAAGACACUUGCAUGGUGUCGCGAGAAAACUUCUGAGGACAAAAACAUGUCAUCAGACCAAAAUUAGGCAGCUAAUUUUUAUAUAUUCUGAAUCAGAAAAUUUUUGCGAAUUUUUUGAUGUAUAUCUCGACCUGUAACUCCACACCCCAUAGAAGUACUUUCCUUGUUAAAAAAAUGUGUCGCCGCGCUUUGAAGGCUCAGUCGUGAUUUUCAUAGAUUUUCCGGCAAAGAGAGCACACAAAACGUGGAGAGCAGGCCAAAGAGAAAACGCUUUUUGGCCAUAUCUCUCCCAGUUUCGUGUGGCUAAUGAGCUAACAAUUGAAGCCAUUCUUUUCGUAGAUCGAUCCAUACUGGUACCUAGUGGAUGAUGAAGGCCUUGCAAUUAGGCGGUGAAAGAAGCAUUUACCUUUUUUUGCAUGAACUUUGACGAGCCAUAACUUCGCCUUCAGGGCCUGUAAACAGUUUUGGAAGACAGUUGCUUCUUUCACUGUCUAAGGCCUUCAAUAUCCACUAGGUUCUCAGUAUAAUCGAUCUGCAAAAAAAGUGAAAAAGCGUCUUCCUUUGUAAGCUUUCAUCUUCUAGAAGAAGAAGAGCUCCAGCUUAUUGGAAGCCUGCCAUACAGUAAAAUCGUCACGAAUUCAAAGGCCAGGCUGGAGAGCCUACUGAACAAUUGGCCUCAAUGUCCAGUCAGUGAGAUCGAUUACAACGAAAAGAAGUUUCUGGACCUUCAAUUCGACGUUCCGCCGGCAUCCUUCGGCUUCUUUAAGCCUGAUGCGGGCUCUGUUUUUCUGUUUGUCAGCCCAUUCUUGGACGCUGGAAAAUUGAUCGCACUUAAUAUUUGGAGCAAUUUGGCGUUUGGCAAUGGAGAACUGUGUAGGUUACGUUAACAUCAUAUGAUUUCACUGCCUUUUGAGGGCUGUUUUCUAUUGAUUUUUUUCCAGCUAACAUCAAGACAGGCAUAAUCCAAAAGAAGCUGAUUACGGGAAGUAUGAUGGACCUGUUCAAGAAUUUGCUAAGCGGUCUCGCUGCCGUGUUUGGACUCACUUAUGGUAUUACAAUGCUGCUGAAUACGGUUAUCACGGAACGCGUGAAACGGUUCAAGCAUCAGGUAGGGCAGAUUUAGUAGCAAAAUCUUUUCUAAGACCACUAACCAUAAGAGACUUUUUAUCUUGCGCUUUGCAGAAACGACCGAGAUUUUUAGAUCUAAAGUUGUCGAAAAUCUCGCAUUCUUUUGCGAAUUUCCAAAAAAAAAUCCAAAAUUAAAACUUUCGUUUCAGAUCCAUUUGGCCUCCGCCAAAUGGCCAACUUAUUGGAUCGCCCAAUUCAUCUCGGAUUUGGCCUAUUUCUCAGUCCUGGUCUUGUUCGUUUAUAUUGCAACAGUGGCCACAAUUGGCCUCAAUUUCGCAUGUUCGUUGGGAAUAUUGCCGAUCUACUUUCUGUACUUCGCCUCAAGCUCAUUGGCAAGCUAUGUGAUCAGUUUUGCGUUCGAAUCGCCAACCAAAGGCUCGGUUUUUAUUCUGGCGUUCCACACAAUUAUCCCGCCCUUGGUGGCCAUGGCGUAUUUUGCCGGCGUUGCUUUGGUUAAAAACAUUUUGCAACAAGAGCCGGCUGCGCUGGCAACAAUUGGAAUUGUAAGCAAUUUUGUGUAGAUUUGAUUUUUAGGCCAAGAAUAGUCAUUUUUUGAGGUUUUAGCCCAAAUAGGGUGGUUGAAACAGAAUGCCAAAAAUGGUGGGAAAUAUUAGUUUUAAAAGAUUUCAACGCUACAAAGAAGAGUGUAGUGGAGAAUUGAAAUCUUUCCGGUCUUUUUCAAAGGCCUCUUUUGGCAAAAACAAGUUUUUUGAAGGAAUUUUGAAAAUUUUAGGUCUCACCACGAAAACAAUAAAAAUGUCAGAUAUUGUGUCUUUCGGCUCUUGGCUGUUAGGACGUUCAAACCAGACGGUUUUCAAAAAAUCUUCGCUCAAAAUUGAACACAAAAAGCUCUUAAAAAUCCAAAAAAUCUCGAUUUUUACGUCCUCAAUAAUUAAAAAAAUUAUUGUAAAAAAUGCCCAUAAAACUAUUUCAGUACGGUCUCCGAAUCCUCUUCCCCGCGAUCAGCCUGAUUUUUGGGCAAGUCAGCUGCAUUAGCAAUUGUAACACAAAAAAAGAAGUGUUCGCCAUGUACACCGAAAAAUCGAAGGAAGGCGACUUGAAUGAGAGCUGGAAAGCAGUGAUCACACUUUCACUGGGCUCACUCUUCUAUCUGUUCUGGUUGGCAUUUAUCGAGAUGAAAAUCUGGAAUAGGAUCUCUCAUCCAUGGCAUGUUCGACGGUUCAGAAAUGUGAGUUCUCAAAAGUGGGAGAUGCGCGAAGUGUGACGGUCCGAUUUGCUUCACAAGGAAAGUACUUCUAUGGGGUGUGGAGUUACAGGUCGAGAUAUAUAUCAAAAAAUUCGCAAAAAUUUUCUGAUUCAGAUUAUAUAAAAAUUAGCUGCCUAAUUUUGGUCUAUCAACGAGUUUUAUGAAUAAAUGUUUUUCUCGAGGAAAAAAAUCUGCGGCAACAAAAGCCCGCUCGGUCUCUUCCUUCGGAAGAGAGCGGUGUGGCCGAGUGGUUAGAGCGCUAGAUUGGGAAUCCGAAGGGAACGGGUUCGAUUCGUUUUGCCACACUAGAACCCAUUUUUUACAUUGGAACUACUUCUAAGGUGUAGUUGUAAUCUAAUUUGAUAUUUUAAGGCUUGUCAAGGCCUCAGAAUUUAUUUUAGCACUAAACAAAAAUUUUUUAUUGGUAAAAACACGGUCAAAAAGACACUUGCAUGGUGUCGCGAGAAAACUUCUGAGGACAAAAACAUGUCAUCAGACCAAAAUUAGGCAGCUAAUUUUUAUAUAUUCUGAAUCAGAAAAUUUUUGCGAAUUUUUUGAUAUAUAUCUCGACCUGUAACUCCACACCCCAUAGAAGUACUUUCCUUGUCAAAUUUUCCGAAUACAGUGGUGGAUCUGACGCAGUGGCAAAAAACGUACCAUUUUGCGUCCGGGAAGUAUUAAAAAAUAUAGCAAAACACCUCCCUCUCCAAGUGAAAAACUCCGUUUUAAAGGGUAGCUUUUGAAAUUGGAGUUUUUUCACUUGGCGAUGGAAGUAUUUUGCUACAUUUUUUGUAGGUUCCCGAAUGCAAAAUGAUACGUUUUUUGCCACUAGAUCAGGUCCACCACUGUAGAUGUAAAUAGCUACAAACUUUUCAUGCCAAAGUUUCACCAGAAAGUACCGAGUUUCGGAAGAGUUUCGAGUGAAAAAAAAAACUUUGGUUGUUUCUGCAAAACGCGAACAGAGAAUCACGUAUGCCUUGGAAAAUAUAAAUUUUAUUUUUUUUCUAAUUUUCAUCGUAAUUCGAGCGUCGCAUUGAGAACUUUGUAAACCUUCCCUCUUUCAGCAAAUUUCUUCUGCAAUUGAUGAAGACUACGAUGUCACAAUGGAACGUCAACGAGUCGCUGGAUUGUCGGAUGACCAACAGGCUCUAGCGACUCGGAGUCUAUUCAAAUUUUUCCCUCCGAAGAAAUGCGCCGUGCAAAAUCUGACCUUCGGAAUGGCUCCCAACGAAUGUUUCGGACUUUUGGGUUGGUUUACAGUACUAUGGAUGAAUACAGUCAAACCUCUGUACAACACACCACAAGGGACCAAAAAAUUUACUUUUUACAGACAGCUUUCGUUGCAAAACGGUUCAUUUUGACCUAAAAAAUACUCUUGUGACUUGCGAAAUUGUUCGCUAUAGACAGAAAUAGAGCGUCAAUUUAGUUUUCCAUCACUUUAACAAACUAUUUAGGAGUAAAUGGAGCCGGCAAAACGACAACUUUCGAUAUGCUGACGAACAAAAUCUUGCCCACCAGCGGGACCGCCAAAAUCCUCGGAAUUCCGAUUCAGAACACCCCAGCUAUCGGAUAUUGCCCUCAAUUCGAUGCAUUAUCCGACAACCUAACUGGCCGGGAAACUCUUCAAUUAUUGGGAAGAUUGAAUGGAUUCCAAAAUGUUGACGAAAGAGUCAAAUUGGUGCUGGAAUGUGUGUUGCUGGAGAAGAAGGCGAACAGUCUGGUGAAAACCUACAGGUGAGAGAUUGUGAAAGGUUUUCACAGCCCAAAUGCGGUGUAUUUGCGACUUGAAGAUAAAAUUCAAUGAAGAAUUCAUCUUUUUUGUCAAAAAUUAGCUUCAAAAAAGAGUUUUGAAGAGAAAAAGCCCAAUUUUUUCUUGCAUCUCUUGAUAGCACUUGGGGUACUUCAUCUGUGAGUUUUUUGGAUUAACGGGAAAUUUUUCGACUUGUUCCAGUUUUUCUCAAGUUCUCUGUGAGUUUCAAAAAUUAACCAGUGAUUAUAAACUGGACUGAUGUGAUUUUAGCGUCGGAUAAAAUUUAUAUUGUUUUAGUGGAGGUCAGAAGCGCCGUCUCUCCAUCGCCGCCUGCCUCAUGUCCGGCUCCAAAUUCCUGAUCCUGGACGAGCCCACCGCCGGUGUGGACCCGGCUACCCGCCGCCACAUCUGGGACCUUCUGAUUGCAAUGAGAAAUCAGAAUAAGGCCAUUUUGUUGACCACCCACUCCAUGGAAGAGUGUGAAGCACUGUGCACACGGAUCGGAUUUCUGCGAGCCGGCAGACUACGAGGAAUCGGGACAAGUCAGCAUCUCAAAUCCCGCUAUGGAAAUUCUUUCAUCUUGACGUUGAUUUUGAAUUUCCCUAGCAGAGAAAACGCCGCAUUCAUUGAUGAUGCAGUUCGUCGACGAUUUGAUGUUUCGUCGACCGACUCCUCGCCCGAACACAGCGCUCUCUCCUGGACGCUGCCCAAGAAGGAAGGCUCAAUUUGGAGCGAAAUGUACGCAGUUGUGGAGGACUUUGUGGACAGAGUGAAUAGAGAAAGUGGAGUGGAGGUUAUCCAUGACUUCUACUUGAUUCAAGACUCCUUGGAACAAGUGUUCACAAGGCUGGCAAAUUCGGAAGAAGAUCUUCCAGAUGAAAACCAAGAAGUAUGUUCGAAAUUUUUAGGCAUUCUUAUUUACCUACUUUAUGAUACUGAUUUUAUUCCCAGGAACCUCUACAAAACGCGCCGAGAAAUUCAACCCUCUUGAGGAAUGAGAGACGAACGACUUUGGAUUCGUUGAAGUUUUAA